AAUUUUUUUGCCCAAAUGGAUUUUGCAUUCAGAACAAUCACUUGGCUUGUGAUCUCUACUUACUUGCACAUCCAGUUUUCUCAUUUGAGCAAGCGUAGAUUUCCCAUUUUACUAAGGAUUUGGUGGGCAUUCUACUUCCUAAUGUCUUGUUCCUGUCUUGUUCUAUAUCUUGGUUUGUAUUGGAGAUUACAUUUGUCGUUACCAUUAUUGCUAUGGGUCUCUAAUGUUGUAUCCAUUACUGCCGGUUUGUUCAUUUGUUAUGCUGGGUUAUUUGGGAAGGGACAAGAAGAUGAAGGUCUUCAUCUUUUGGAGUCACUUUUGAAAAUUAGUUCUAAUCAAGGCAAUAAUGACAAUGGACAAGAAUCAAGUGUCGUUGGAGAUAGUGUAACUCCUUAUACAAAUGCCAAUAUUCUUAGUAUUUUAACUUUCGCUUGGAUGGGUCCUUUGCUUUCACUUGGGCAUAAUAAAACGUUGGACCUUGAAGAUGUUCCUCAACUUGACUAUUGUGAUAGGGCCAAUGUGGUGUUUACUCGUUUUAGAAAUGAACUUGAGCCUGAUAAUGAUGAUAGUGGCAAUGGUAGUCAAGCUAACACAUUCAAGCUAGUGAAGGCAUUGAUGCUUUCAACGUGGAAAGAAAUUCUAUGGACAACUCUAUUCUCCAUUGUAUGCACAUUUUCUACUUAUGUUGGACCAUAUCUUAUUAAAGAUUUUGUUGAAUAUCUCAAUAGCAGACACCAGAUUAAAAAUAAAGGCUAUAAACUAGUGUUUAUUUUCUUUUUUUCAAAGCUUAUAAGGUGCAUCUCAGAGAGACAUUUGUUCUUUCAAUUGCGAAAGAUGUCAAUUAGGGUCCGUGCUGCCUUGUUUGCAAUAAUUUAUAAGAAAGGUCUAAGGCUUUCAAGCCAAUCAAAACAGGCUCAUACCAGUGGGGAGAAUGUUAAUAUGAUGAGCGUCGAUGUCGAGAGAAUCGGCCUUUUUAGUUGGUACUUGCAUUAUAUAUGGAGGGUGCCAGUUCAGGUUAUUUUAGCAUUGUUGAUCUUAUACAAGAGCUUUGGGUUCGCUGCACUAGUAGCUUUGGUUGCUACAUUGAUUUUGUUGUUAGCAAAUAUGCCAUUAGGAAAACUUCAGGAGAAAUUUCAAGGGGAAUUGAUGGGUUCAAAAGAUCGGCGAAUGAAGGUAACAUCUGAGGCUUUAAGUAAUAUGAGGAUUCUGAAGCUCCAAGGUUGGGAGAUGAAGUUCUUGGCUAAGAUAAUUGAGCUAAGGAACUUUGAAAUGAGAUGGUUAAAAAGAUUGCUUUAUUCAUCAGCUAUGAUUGCAUUUGUCUACUUGUCUGCUCCUAUGUUUGUAUCCAUGGUUACUUUUGGGUAUUGUGUGUUUAUGGGAAUUCCAUUAGAGUCGGGAAACAUUCUAUCUGCACUUGCUAUAUUUGAGAUAUUGCAAGGACCCGUUCAUAAUCUCCCAGACCUAAUCUCCAUGGUGGUUCAGACUAAAGUUUCCCUCGGUAGAAUAACAUCAUUUCUUUGUCUUGAUGAUCUUCAUCCGCAUAUAGUACAAAAGCUUCCGAGAGAUAGUGUCAAGGUUGCAGUUGAGAUAGUUAAGGGAAAUUUCACUUGGGACAUUCUUUCUCCUGAUCUCACAUUAAAAGAUCUUAAUUUUCGAGUCAACCGUGGUAUGAGAGUGGCUGUUUGCGGUUCUGUUGGAUCAGGAAAAUCGAGUCUACUUUCAUGUAUAUUGGGAGAAAUGCCUAAGGUAUCUGGAGCCAUUAUGUUGAAUGGAACAAAGGCCUAUGUUGCACAAUCACCUUGGAUACAGAGUGGCAAGAUAGUAGAAAAUAUAUUGUUUGGUAAGGAAAUGGACAAAGAAAGAUACAAGAUGGUCCUUGAAGCAUGUUCAUUGGAGAAGGAUCUAGAAUUGUUUGCCUUUGGGGACCAGACUAUCAUAGGGGAGAGGGGGAUCAACCUGAGUGGUGGGCAAAAGCAAAGAAUCCAGAUUGCACGUGCUUUGUACCAUGAUGCUGAUAUUUAUCUUCUUGAUGAUCCUUUUAGUGCUGUGGAUGCUCACACAGGGACUCAUCUAUUUAAGGAGUGUUUGCUACGGAUUUUAAAUUCAAAAACAGUAAUAUAUGUUACCCACCAAGUAGAGUUUUUACCAUCUUCUGAUCUUAUCCUGGUUAUGAAAGAUGGAAGGAUUACUCAAGUAGGAAAGUAUGAAGAAAUUCUUAAAUCGGAAACUGACUUUAUGGAAUUAGUGGGUAUACAUAAGAAAGCUUUGGAAGUCCUUAAUUUUGUCGAACGCGAGCCUUCUCUGGAUAAUUUAAUUAUUGGUGGGGAAGAUUGUAAUAUGUUGUGCUCCGACAAGUCUAUUCAAGAUGAUGAGGAAAGGGAACCCAAAGAUGGAAAAAUAGAAAAAAUAGUUCAGUCAGAAGGGCAAUUAGUCCAAGAAGAAAAGAGAGAAAAGGGUGGAGUUCACCUUUCAGUCUAUUGGAAGUAUUUUACCACUGCAUAUAAAGGCGUUUUUGUACCAUUAAUGUUGCUGGCACAAAUUCUUUUUCAACUUCUCUCAAUAGCCAGUAAUUACUGGAUGGUGUUGUCUACUCCUAUUUCAGAGGAUGUGGGACCCCAUAUUAGAGGAUCCACCCUUAUCUUUGUUUAUGUUGCUUUGAUCCUUGGAAGCUCUAUUUGUGUACUUAUAAGGUCCAUGCUCAUUGUAACUGCUGGAUGCAAAACAGCUACUUUGUUUUUCAACAAAAUGCAUUUGAGUAUUUUUCGUGCUCCCAUGUCAUUUUUUGAUUCUACUCCAAGUGGAAGGAUUUUAAAUCGGGCAUCUAUUGAUCAAAGUGCGCUUGAUACCUCUAUUCCACAUCAAAUUGAAGAACUUCUCAUGUCAGUCAUAGAAUUCCUAGGAACUAUUGCAAUAAUUUCACAAGUUGCAUGGCAAAUGUUAAUAGUUUUUAUUCCGAUGACUGUGAUAUGCAUAUGGUACCAGCAAUAUUAUAUAUCUGCAGCACGAGAACUAACACGGCUAUGCGGAGUAUGUCAGGCUCCAAUUGUACAAUAUUUUGCUGAAUCUGUUUUAGGUUCAACUACAAUCAGGUGCUUCGAUCAAGAAGAGAGGUUUAUGGAUACAAACCUCCAAUUGGUGGAUGUUUACUCCCGACCAAAAUUUUAUUUCUCUAGUGCGAUGGAAUGGUUAUGCUUUCGUAUGGAUAUUCUGGCAUCGAUCACAUAUGCCGUCUUUUUGAUUUGUUUGAUCACAGUGCCAAAUGGAGUACUUAAUCCUAGUGUUGCAGGUUUUGCAGUUACAUAUGGGCUUAGUUUCAGUAUGCAUGGGGUCGUAUGGGUGCUUUCCAGUCUUGAAAAUAAAAUCAUAUCUGUUGAAAGAGUGCUGCAGUAUGCCUACAUCCCUAGUGAGUCUUCUCUGGUGGAAGAAAAUAGACCAAGUCAUGAAUGGCCAACAAAAGGGAAAGUUGAUAUUGUUGAUCUACAGGUCCGAUAUGGCCCACACCUUCCUCUUGUCUUGCGAGGUAUCAAUUGCACUUUUCCUGGAGGGAUGAAAAUUGGUAUCGUUGGGCGAACAGGGAGUGGUAAAUCAACCCUCGUACAGGCUCUCUUCCGUAUGAUUGAACCUACGUCUGGUCAUAUUCGGAUAGAUGACAUCAAUAUUUCUAAGGUUGGCCUUCAUGACUUGAGGUCAAGAUUAAGCAUCAUCCCACAAGACCCCACUAUGUUUGAGGGGACAUUAAGAAGCAAUCUUGACCCGCUUGGAGAGUAUAGUGAUGAACAAAUUUGGGAGGCUUUGGAUAGAUGUCAGCUUAGUGAUGAAGUUAGAAAGAAAGAAGGGAAGCUUGAUUAUGCAGUGACUGAGAAUGGAGAGAAUUGGAGCAUGGGUCAAAGACAGCUAGUCUGUUUAGGACGUAUAUUACUUAAGAGAAGCAAAGUGUUAGUACUCGACGAAGCUACUGCAUCAGUUGAUACUACGACUGACUAUCUAAUUCAACAAACGCUUAAUCAGCAAUUCUCAGGCUCCACUGUUAUCACAAUUGCACAUAAGAUAACAUCAAUUCUUGAUAUUGAUAUGAUCCUCCUUCUAGAUAAUGGUUCUAUAUUGGAAUAUGAUUCCCCAGCCAGAUUGCUAGAGAACAAAUCCUCAUUAUUUGCAAGGCUUGUUAAGGAGUAUACUCAAAGAUUUAGCUCCUAG